AUGGCAAUCUUCGAUUCAGAGAAGCGCCCUCGCGGCCUUCGUGUGCCCUCUCUUGCAGGACUAAAGUCUUCAGCAACGAAAUCGCAAUUCUCCUUCAAGAAACCCGACUCUAUCCCAUCCGUAUCUGACGAGUCAAUCUCGAAAUCGACACUCCCUGCCCCUCCACCACCAAAGCCGGCCCCUCCGCCGGACAAGGAACUCCCACUGCCUCCGAAACAGGAAAUUCCAAGCGCAUCCAACAACCCAUACUUCCCUCCGAUCCCCCGGAAUGCAGUCCCAGAACGACGCCCAAUUGAACGGGUCCCAGUCCCAGCGCAGCCUUCCUCUCGCACGACAGGCAUGCGAAGCAAGAUAUCGCUACCCGAUUUCCAUGCGCCUCAACAGCCAACUCCAGUGGCUCCCUCCCCCCAAAUUCCGACCAUAGUUCAGGCCCCAGCUCCCGCUCCAGUUCCGCCCCCGGUUUCAGCUCCAGUUCCAGUUCCAGACGAGGCCAACUCUCCCCAACUGGAAGACUUUAUCCCGACUCCAGACAGCGCCGAACCGCCACUCGCAGUGCCAGAAUUGUCCCGUGAAGAGCUAGCCCCCUCGCCCUUCGUCCCACCGGAUGUUGAACCCGUGGCACCGAGUUUGAACGAGAUACACCUCACAUGCUACCAGCAGCACCGCGCGAUGCCCGUGGCACAGAACACGUGGUGUCCGAUGCCGUGCAUGACCUGUCAAAAAUUUGAUAUUGAGAUCCGGCACCGCUGUGUGUUCUGCUGCCUGCGCAUCUGCGAGACCUGCUACCAGACCCUACAGAAAUGCAAGAAUCGUUCGGUGGAGGAGCUGGUUGAUCGCAUCGCAGUCUAA